AUGGAACCCCUUGCUACUGCCCCCGAGGCAUCCUCUUUUGUGCCCAUUGCGGAGCACCAGUCUCGUACUCCGAGCUCUUUCUACUCCGGACCACCAGUACUGCAUUACCACAGCCAGCGAUGCAAGGUCGUGGUUCUUGAGAGCGACCUGCUCGCCAACCCGGCCCUGAAUGCCCUGCGCGGCCAGAACGCGACAGCAAACGGAAGUGUUGCGCAAACCGACGAGGACGGAGAGAGCAGCGAGGUUGCCAUUGAGAAUGUGGACGUAUGGGUGGGAUCCGAGAAAUUCGUCCUAUACUCACCCAGUGCCUCAGCCGGAAUCUCAAUUCCCUACCCCUCCAUCUCCCUGCACGCCAUCCAGCGCCUGAUUGUCCCAGGCUCCUCCACCGAAGUCCAAGGUCUCUACAUGCAAAUCGCGAUCCCCACCGCUCCCUCUGCAGACGACGAAGAAGACUGCCUAAUCUUGACCGUUGUACCGCCCACCGAAACACCCGCUGCUCCAUCUACAGAUACACCUACAGAGCUAGAUACCUCCGACGAAACAGAAUCACAAACACAACAGCUCUACGACGCUGUCUCCGCCUGCUCAAACCUGCACCCCGAUCCCGUGGAACCAGGUGAUGAGGACGAAGACGAGGAAGAGGGCAAGUUCCUUUCUGCUGAUGAGGACGGACUUUACCAGCUUGGUGCUGGCAAUGGAGAUCUGCCCCCGCCUGUAGCUGGAAGCUCUGGGUGGAUUACGGCAGAGAAUAUGAACGAGUUCUUUGACGAGGAGGGCAAUUGGAUUGCUGGUGGUGAGCCGCCUUCUUUCCCGCUUGGCCCUGGAGCUGGAACUGUGCGUGAGCGGGAAGAGGAGAAUGGGGCUGAAGAGGAUGGAGAUGAGAUGAAGUGGCGCCGUACUGAAUAA